CGGAAAUGUAAGUGUGAGGGCUGUUGCUGGCCAGACUGGGGUGCAGGUGCGCAUGCGCCUCAGGGAACCUUGUCCCCACUUACUAUCCGGGUAAGGUGAGUCGCGCUUCCCGCCCUCAUCUGAGCUGGCUUUUUUUUAAGUCAGGGAAGUGAAGUAAAGACAUAGCGUCGCAUUACCGGUCUCUUCUGAGCUGACUUUUUAAAAUUAGGGACGUGAAGUAAGGACAGAGGGUCCUUAUGUGAUACUUUUAUAAGGUUUCUAACCAUGUGUACCUCCCUGAGUGUAUGGUAUUGAGUGAAUUGUCGACAAGCAAGGCUAUGUACACAUCGAGAAGGCAGACAUUUACUUCCUUAUUGACGGGUCUGGCAGUAUCCACCAAGACGACUUUCUUGCAAUGAAGGUGUUCAUGAAUGAGGUGAUAAGGAUGUUCCAUGUUGGGCCCGACGGAGUCCAGUUUGGAGUCGUUCAGUACACGGAUAAAGUCAGUCGUCAGUUCACCCUCAGCCAGCGCUCCAGUGUGGCGGGGCUGGAGGUAGCCGUUGACAGCAUCCGGCAGAAGAGAGAGGCCACCAAGACAGGUGAGGCCCUGGGCAGCAAGAUCCAGGUCUUUGCAGACACUGCUCGCAGCAACGUGCCUUGGUAUCUCAUCAUUGUCACCGAUGGCAAAUCUAUGGACCUGGGGGCUGACGCUGCAGAGGCGCUGAGGGGCCACGGAGUCACCAUUUAUGCAGUUGGAGUCAGAGAUGCUAAUAUUGUUGAGCUUCAAGAGGUCGCUGAAGACAGAAUGUUUUUUGUGCAUGAUUUUGAGUCCUUGAAGGCCAUCCAACAAGAAGUGGUACAAGACAUCUGUUCCUCAGAGACCUGUAAGAAUAGGAAAACAGACAUUAUCUUCCUGAUGGAUGGUUCAGAAUCCAUCUUGCCAAAAGACUUUGAAAAGAUGAAGGAGUUCGUGAAGUGAAUGGUCAAACAAUCUAAUAUUGGUGCUGAUGAAAUUCAGAUUGGCCUCCUGCAAUUCAGCUCAGACCCCCAGGAAGAAUUCAGGCUCAACCGAUACGCCUCAAAGGUGGACGUCCACAGAGCCAUCUCAGAUGUUAUGCAAAUCAAUGGUGGCACAUACCCUGGGAAAGCUCUGAACUUCACUCUGACUUUUUUUGGGAGUUCAAGAGGAGGGAGGCCCAGUGUCCAUCAAUAUUUGAUUGUGGUCACUGAUGGGGUCUCCGGGGACAAUGUAGCUAUACCAGCCAAGGCCCUGAGGGACAGAAACAUAAUUAUUUUUGCCAUUGGGGUGGGCAAAGUCGAAUUCUCCCAGCUUUUGGAGAUCAUUAAUGACCUGAGCAAAGUGUAUUAUGAAGAAAAAUUUGAGUCCCUGCAAAAUCUGGAGAAGGAAAUUCCUUACCAGUUCUGCAUUCCACAAGGUGACUGACAGAGGGCUUGUUACUUGAUCCACAAGCCCACAGUAGGCAUUAGGGACCCGGUUGGCUCUCUUAAUAAAACUAAUACUUUUAGCCUU